AUGAUGAAUGGAGAACCUAAUGAUGGACAAGUAUCGGAUACAUAUAUAGAUAAUAUUAUAAAACAACUUGAAAUAUCUGAUGGAUCACAAGCAACAUCAUGUGUUCGUUCGGUUUUUGUUCGAAAUGAUGCUGGAACAUUUUUAAGAAAACUUGAUGAACGUAUUAAAUAUUAUGAUAAUGAAAUAGAAAAAUUAUGUAAUUUUCAAUAUCAAAGUUUUGUUAAAUCAUUUCAUGAAUUAUUACAAGUACGAAAAGAUACAACAAGUAUGAAGAAUGAACUUCUUAAAAAUAAUCAAAUGAUGCAAGAAGCUGGACAAAGUUUAGCAAAAAAAACUGAAGCUUUAAUUAAAGAAUAUCAUCGUCAAACUAAUAUACAACAAACUAUUGAAGCUUUAUCACAAGCAUUUCCAGUUUUUGAAACAUAUCGAAAAUUACAAGAAUGUAUGGAAGAAAAAAAACUUUAUCCAGCAUUGAAAUUACUUGAACAAUUAGAAACUAAACAUCUUGUUCUUGUAAAAGAACAUCGUUGGUCAGAACUUAUUCAACAUAAUAUUGCAAAAUUUCGUAAUCAAAUUCGUAAUGAAUCACAUAAUGAAUUGAAAAAUUUUCUUGAAAAUGUUGCAACACACGCAGAUAAAAUUGGAAAAAGUGCUUUUGCACAAGCAGCUGCUCGUCUUGAUAUAGAUCGACGUUAUUAUAUAUUAGAAGAAGAUCGAAGAAGAGAUCAGCAACAACAACAACAACAACAGCAACAACAACCACAACAACAACAGCAACAACAAACAGAUGGAUCAGCUGAUUUAGCUUUAAUAAAUAUGAAUAUAACUGAAACAAUAGAUUUUUCUCCCAUAUAUAAAAGUCUUCAUAUAAAUGUAUUUCUUAAUUGUAAAGAAGAAUUUUCAAAACAUUAUCAACGUGAAAAACAAAAACAAGCACCUGUUAUUAUGGAUGUACCACCUAAAAUGCAUGAAUCAUUUGAUGCAUUUAAAAAAUAUUUACAACGUGUAACAGGUUUUUUUAUUGUUGAAGAUCAUGUUAUGAAUACAACGGAAGGUUUAAUUGAUCAAAGGUUUUAUUAUGAAUUAAGUGAACGUGCAACACAACAAUUAUUAGCUGUACUUAGACGAGCAGUGGAUUUUUGUUUACAACCGAUAUCUACCGACGGGUCAACAUCAUAUAAUCCAGAAUUAAUGCUUGAUAUGAAAAUUGUUGUCGUACUUUUUUGUGCUGCUAUCAAAGAAUCUGGUUUUCCAGUAACACCUUUAUUAGAUGUUUUAAUGGAAUUAAGAGAAAGUUAUCAACAAUUAUUAUUAACACAAUGGAGUCAAAAAUUCAAAGAAAUCUUGAAAAAAGAUAAUUAUAUACAAAUGGUUAUUGAAGAUGAAACACAAUAUCAACUACUUUUAAGACAGUUUCCAUUGAGAAUUGAAGCAACUGAAAAGUUACCAUUCCCACGUUCAUUACCAUACAGUGAAUCAGUACCAAAAAUAUUUUUAGAAAUAAAAGAUUUUGCAGCAGUAUGUGCAAAAUUUGCUAAAGGUCUUAAUGUUAGUAAAACUGAAAUUGAUGAUAUGAUUCGAAAACCAUCAAAUUUAUUAUUAACAAAAACUCUUAAAAGUGCAUUAGUAGAUUUAACAGCUGCUGAAUCAGAACCACAACUUAAUUUUUCACAACUUGUUCAAAUUUGUAUUAAUACAAUACAUUUAGAAAACUCAAUGCCUUAUUUAGAAGAUUAUAUUGUUGCUCUAGUACAUGGUAGUACAAAACAAAUUGGACUUCGACUACAAGGUGCAUCAAUGCUUAAAGAUAUUCGUAGUUUAGUAGAAGAUCGUAUUCAUGAUAAAUUAAAUGAUAAAAUUGAUCAAUGUUUAGAUAUUGCUUCAUAUGAUUGGAUGAUGCAAGAACCAUCUGGUGUUGCUAGUGAUUAUAUCACAACAACAAUUCAAUUUCUUGAAAAUACAUUUCGUGCAUUUACACAUUUACCUACACAAUUAUCUCAAACAACAUGUUUAUCAGCAUGCAAACAUAUAUCAACAUCAUUGACAGAGAAAAUUCUUAGUUCGGAUGUUAAAGCAAUAUCAUUUGGUGCACUUGAACAAAUGAGUCUUGAUUUAAUGCAAUGUGAAGUAUUUGCAUCAAAAGUUAAUAUUCCAAAUUUGGAUGGUGAAACAUUAUUAUUAUGUUUUCAAGAUUUACGUCAAUUACUUGAUCUUAUUAUGGAUAAACAAUGGUCAGUUUAUUUUGAACAAUUUGGUAAUCCUAAUUCACCAUUUGGACGUGUUAAUCCACAUACAGCUUUAACUGUUAUAGAAAAAUUACGCGAAGGAUUAAAACGACCAUUAUUACUUAAAUUUAAUCGACCAGCUUUAGAAAAAGAAAAUAUUAAAUUAUUAGAAACAAUUUCAAAAGAUUUACGCAGUUUAAUUAAUGAUAUAUCAUAA